AAUAAAUUGACUAAAUAAGGCUCAAAAAGAAGUAAGCCAGCCUCCGGGAAUUAGAAAGGAGUAGUAGCCACCGAAAUUUGGCCGUCCUUGGUCUUCUGUGUUAUCGUGAAAAUCAGUGUGGCCAAAUGCAAAAUUUGCAGCGACUUCGAUCAUUCAAGUCUUCAAUUUGGAGAUCUGUUGGUGUUCCGGAAUUGAAGAAGCGAGCUCACAAUUCAUGGUGUGCUGUUCAAGACACCUUUUACUCUACUAAGGAUACGUUUGAGAGGCACAGGGUGGUGUUUACAGUUGGUACUUCUAUAGCGUCAGUUGCUACUGCUUGGAUUGGAUACAGUCUUCGUCACCUUCAUGAUACAAAAGUUGAUAGAAGACUUGAUUCGAUUGAACAAGCAAUGAAAAGCACCUACCAAAUUGAGCGGGAGGAAAUUAAGAAGAUUGUAGGUUCAGGAACUUAUAGCACUGCAGCUUGUGCUGCCACUGCUGGAACAACUCUGGUUAUUGGGUAUGCUUUGGGAUGGCGGAGUGGAAAAUGGUACGCAAAUAGGAAAUUCAGGAGGGAUCAGAUGAAGUUACUAGGCCAAGUCAAUCCCCGGAGAUGGCAAUUCAUUAAGAAGCCAAAUCUCCAGUCUAUUAGAAUACCAUUACUCAGAAACAGAUCAUCCAAGAGUUCACUUAAAAGUUCAGAAGCAGUGCAAAAAGAUUCUAAAGACAGGGCAGUCCUUGGUAUUCAAUCAUAAAAUUCAUUCUAGCAGGGAUCGGAAUCUCAUGUUACGUAUUGCGUAUAGAACAUUUUUGUAAACACAUUAAGACAUAUAAAAGUGCAUAUAUCAACAUCAUUUUGUACAUACCGAGUGCUCAUAUCUUUUGCCCUUUCUGCUGCUUGUUUUUCAUUUACAAUAGUAUGAACGGGUUUGAAGGGGUUGUAACAUCAGAUGGUAGCUUCGCGUUAUUUCUCUUAAAGACAUAUUUACUGGGUAUCAAAUUAGCACAACGUAGUUUGUUUGUGUGCACUCAGUUACAAGUAGAUAGAUAAAGCAAUAAUGAUUUAAACCUGAAAUAAUGAGAGACUCCAUAAGAUUAUGUAUCUUUAACUUUUGAGAAUAAUCUUGGAAGACGAUUAUGAGAUAUAAUCUCUCAAAAUAAAGGCUUGAUUUGGCAAAAAUCAAGGAGGGUAAUCAACACAAUUUAUUACCUAGUUAGUAGUUGGUA